GGGUGACCCAAUCAAAGAAAGAUCAGCGAACUUCGAUUUCUCUCUCCUCCUGAUGCAACUCUACAUCCUACCCAGGAGGAGCCUGACGCUGCGAAAAGGGAAUCAUGUCAGCCCUCAUCUAUGUUAACACCCGCCAGCGUCGAUACCGCAGGGAGGAGGCCGCGCGCGCUGAGCUUGUUGCCCUUAGUCUGUAUGGCGCCGGGGGCCACCCUAAGCCCCGCCCCUUCUCCAUGCCCUCACCCAAGAUGGCGCCACCCUGGCUUCUCGAACCUCCAGUAGCUGGGAAAGGGACGGGAAAGAGAGAGAAGGGAGGGCGGCGGGGAGGAGGGAAGCCAAGAAGGCGGGAGAAAGGGGGAGUGCGGGGGAGAAGGGAGCCGAGGCGGAAGUCGAGGGGCCCCCCGGGUGGAAGUGACGCUACCCCCGCUGCCCAAAAUGUCGGCGCCCAGAGGGAGGUAGAGAGCCCCCACCCGCCACUGCCUUCACGCCACGCCACCAUGGAUGACGGCCCGCUGCCAGCGCCCCCGGUCCCGGCCCCGGCCCCGGCUCCGCCCGCUGUUGCCCCCCGCGUCCCGUUUCACUGCAGUGAGUGUGGCAAGAGCUUCCGCUACCGCUCGGACCUGCGGCGCCACUUCGCUCGGCACACUGCGCUCAAACCCCACGCGUGCCCGCGCUGCGGCAAAGGCUUCAAGCACAGCUUCAACCUGGCCAACCACCUGCGCUCGCACACCGGCGAGCGGCCCUACCGCUGCUCCGCCUGCCCCAAGGGGUUCCGAGACUCCACCGGCCUGCUGCACCACCAGGUCGUCCACACUGGCGAGAAGCCCUACUGCUGCCUAGUCUGCGAGCUCCGCUUCUCCUCGCGCUCCAGCCUGGGCCGCCACCUCAAGCGCCAGCACCGUGGGGUGCUCCCGUCCCCCCUGCAGCCCGGCCCAGGCCUGCCCGCCCUGAGCGCUCCCUGCUCGGUCUGCUGCAACGUGGGGCCCUGCUCGGUGUGCGGGGGCGCAGGGGCUGGCGGCGGAGAGGGCCCAGAGGGUGCAGGCGCGGGCCCGGGGAGCUGGGGGCUGGCGGAGGCGGCGGCCGCCGCGGCGGCCUCACUGCCUCCGUUCGCGUGCGGUGCUUGCGCGCGGCGCUUCGACCAGGGCCGCGAGCUGGCAGCCCACUGGGCUGCGCACACCGACGUGAAGCCCUUCAAGUGUCCGCGCUGUGAGCGCGACUUCAACGCCCCCGCGCUGCUGGAGAGGCACAAGCUGACCCACGACCUGCAGGGGCCGGGCGCGCCUCCCGCGCAGGCCUGGGUCUCCGGGGCUGGCGCCGGGCCCGAGAAGGCCGGCGAGGGCGGCGCUGCGGAGGCGGGCGAGGCUCAGCCGGCCUGGGACGGCAGGCUGCUCCUGGGCCGCGCCGGGGGCGGCGUGCCCGAGCUGGGGGGGCUGCUCCCCGAGGGCGGCGGGGAGGCCCCUGCGCCCGCGGCCGCGGCCGAGCCGUCGGAAGACACCCUCUACCAGUGCGACUGCGGGACCUUCUUCGCGUCGGCGGCGGCGCUGGCCAGCCACCUGGAGGCGCACUCGCGCCCCGCGACCUACGGCUGCGGCCACUGCGGGGCCCUCUACGCGGCCCUGGCGGCCCUGGAGGAGCACCGGCGCGCCAGCCACGGCGAGGGCGGCAGUGCGGAGGAGGCGGCGGCGCCCGCCCCGGAGAGGGAGCCCGCGUCUGGGGAGCCUGCGUCCGGCUCGGGCCGCGGCAAGAAGAUCUUCGGCUGCUCCGAGUGCGAGAAGCUGUUCCGCUCGCCGCGGGACCUGGAGCGGCACGUGCUGGUGCACACGGGCGAGAAGCCGUUCCCGUGCCUGGAGUGCGGCAAGUUCUUCCGCCACGAGUGCUACCUCAAGCGCCACCGGCUGCUGCAUGGCACCGAGCGGCCGUUCCCCUGCCACAUCUGCGGCAAGGGCUUCAUCACGCUCAGCAACCUCUCCAGGCACCUGAAGCUGCACCGGGGCAUGGACUGACGUGGCCAGGCCGUGCGCCCCUCCGCUAGACCACCCGUCCCAAGGGUUGGACUCAGGGCCCGGGCCAAGAGACCUAGAGACCACGAGGGAAGCCCCGGCCCUCCAGACCCAGACACGGGCCCCGAGAUGAGGGGACCCUGGCUGGAGACAUGGAGCCGCCAAACACACAGGCCCCUGAGCUGGGGGGCAGCGAAUAAACGGAGAGAUUCCUCAGCUCGAGGGUCCCGGAUCUAUGGAGAGAUUCCUAAGCUCCAGGCCCCUGGAAUACGUGCUGAGCACCCACAAAUCAGUAGGCUCCUAAGCUGCGGGACCUAGGAAUGAGUCUCCACAAGUACUUCUCAUCUUGAGGGCCCAAAUAAUAAAAGAUGGGCACCCCUCCCCCAAGGGAAGACUGCCCCUCUCCCUAAGAGCCAUCAUUCCGACGACCUUGAUCCGCAUAAUGGGGGGGGACCAUGUCCCCGGAUUUCCCUGGAUCCCCUCCAAAUGCUACCCACCCGAGUCACUGGUGCCCCCAGAUAAAGGAUAGAGCCGGAAUCUGCCUCUCCCCUCCCCCGACUUUAUUCCCUACGCGGAAAGAGGACCAGGGUAGUCGCCCCCUGCCCUCACCCCCUUCCCCAAUUAGGUCUCCCUCCCCUACUAAGGAAUGGAUCUAAUCAUCUCCCCCACCCCAAAAACUAGAAUAGCCUGGUUCAAAGUCCCUGCGCCCAGUGGGAUGGACUGAUCCAGAUACACAUACCCCACGCCCUGUCCACUGGAAUGGGCUGGUCCAGGCUGCUACCUGCGCCCCACCCUCCUUAGAACGCACACGGCAGACACUCCUUCCCUUCCUCUAGCGUGUGGGCAGGUCCACGUCAUUCCGCAUUAUGUGAACUCACGAGUGGGAGGUGGGGGACAUUGGGGUAUCCCUCCCGCUCUGCUGUAGCACCUGUUGGUCUUUCUCUCCAUCUCUGUCAGUUUGUCUCUGUGUUCUUCCCAACCGCAAGGGGAAGGGGGAUUUGGCUAGGGGGUUUCCCCCUGUGAGCCUCGACCUUGCCCCCUGUCCCACUCCCCAGUGUCUCCUGGACCCCAAUAAACCUUGUCCUGUCAGCCA